AUGCGUCACAGAUACCUUGCAAGGUACUACCGUGGUGUUAUUCUAUCCUUCAGCUCUAUCAUCGCGGUCCUCUCUCUCGUUCUUUGCAUAUAUGGUGGAUAUAUAGCUUACCGCGCUAAUGUGGAGGAAAUUAAGACUAAAGUCUACUUAAACCCUGCUACAACACUUUUCAUGGGCAUCAUAAUCUUGAUCAUUGGAUUAAUAGGACUUUUUGGAGCUUGGGUAAAGCAGAAGUGGGCUUGUCUAACUUUUGCGGCUUCAUUGACAGUAAUGGUGCUUGCGGAAGCCAUUGUUGGUGGCCUUCGAAGCCAUAUUCCACGCAAUCACCACGGAUUUCUUGAAAUCUGGAACCUUUCUUGUUGGGAUGAUCUUCAUUCAGUUUUACCUUGUGCAGGUCGCCAUCAUAUUUCCCGCACUGCUCGAAAGAAUUAA